AUGGGUUUUGGACUGCUCUCUCGCAAGAGGAGAAAAAGCGAAGAGGAAAUUCGUCAGGAUGAGAAAGCCACUCGUACCCAAUUCAAUAGUUUUUCCGAUUUCCGAAAAGAUGGGAUUUUGACUGACGUAGUGAUUAUUGUUCCUGGACAUCCAGAAAUAAAAGCUCACAAGAUGGUUCUUGCCGCUGCUAGUCCAUUUUUUCAAGCAAUGUUCAAGUCUGGCUUGCGCGAAUCUUCCUCAGAUCGAGUUGAAAUGCCGGAAAUCGACUACGAAGCAGCCCAAAUUCUCGUCGACUUUGCAUACUGCGGUAAUUAUAAAAUCACCGAGGGGAACGUCAGAAACUUGUUGGCUGCCGCCGAUUGCUAUCAAUUCGAAGAGAUUAAAAAGAAAUGCGAAUCGUUUCUGAUCGAUAUGAUCGACGCGGAUAACUGCUUCGAACUCGAGAAAAUUGGAGACGCAAGGGGUCUAUCUCGUCUAUCUUCUCAGGCUGGACGUUUUUCUAUGCAAAACUUCGAAGAAGUCAUCAAGAGUAAAUCUUUUACCGAGCUUUCAUUCGAAGAGCUAGAAAACUAUCUGUGUUACGAGAACGACGGACCCUUGUGUUAUUCAGAAGUAACCUUCUACAACGGGAUCGUGACAUGGAUUAAAUCCGAUCUGGAGAAACGCUCUCAAUAUGCAACGAAACUGUUCGUGAACUGCGUUCGACUCGGCCGAAUUCACAAAAACUUCAUUUGGGAUGUGGUCGAAAAGGAACCGCUUUUCUCCGAUGCCGAAUGUAAGGAGCACAUUCUUCUUGCAUGGAAGUUCAAGGCGUUCUAUUACGAUGAGGAUUCUGAUCGCGAGAAGGAAUUCGGCACGAUAGGGAAAAUUCGCAAUGAAUUUUGUUAG